AUGGCUUCGGGGCACGCGCUGAAUCCCAGUCUUGAGUUACCAGAAGGAGCUCCGGAAAAGCUACCUUUCUUCCCGACAGUACGAACGCAAAUACGGGUAACGUGGCUGGCUUCAAGUGUUGAUGUUUGCUCGCUUUCACCCAGCGUUCAAGAUGUUUGGCCGUUUAUGAUCGGGAUGGAGAAACCUUUGGUUGCAAUCAAAACAUUUUUUUGUUCUCGAGCACAUUCAAUCAUCUCUGAAAAGGCGAAAUCCAGGCAGGCGCUUAUCUCCAAGGACGAAGUUCCUGAGUUUCGCGGUCUUCCAGGGUCUGAGACUUGCAUCAGCAAAUUGGUAUAUGUUUUUCAAUUAGCAUUUACGCCAGGGGCUUCGCGCACCUGGAGCUGGCAAGACCUUGCGAGUGAAGUCAGCAAUGGGGCAAAGGUGAGAGCCACUGUUUUCGAGGAUUGGUGGCAGCCCUGCGCUUGGGUUCUUGACCCGCGCGCGUCGCCGUGGGCGAAACUAACGGCACCGCGAACGCCGCGCGGAGCAGACGACUCCCACAAUGGGUGGCGGGGGCGGGGCGGGGCGGGGCUGCGAGGCGGCAGUGGCAACGACGACGGCAGAGAUGGCGGUGACGAUAAUGAAAACAAAGGAGACGCCAACCACUGCAGCGCCCGAGCUCAGCGGAAGUUAUUUGGCGAGGAGUCCGCAUUACUUGGAGGUCACAAGGGCCAAGGACGAAAAAUAAAUGAUUUUAGAAGAGGUGUUCACCAACUGAGAUGCAGGGAAACGGAACCGAUGUUUGUAAAAUAG